AUGAAGUUGACGAAUCCGGGCGCAGUCCCUGUAUACACUGUCGCGGGGCCAUCGACUGCUCGCCCCCUGCCAGACUGGCUCGCCCGCCGCAGGAAGAGAUCAUCCAAGUACGAUCCCGAAAACCUCAACAAUUUUGAGCUUCUACAAGAGUUUGAGUUUGAAGAGGCAAGCAACUGCGUCCGAGUGAGCGAGGAUGGCAACUGGAUCAUGAGUUCGGGUACAUACAAGCCCCAGUUCCACGUUCAUUCGACACAAGAAUUGUCCCUGUCCUUCUCGCGCCACACCAAGUCCGAGAACACAACCUUCCUCCUGCUCAGCUCCGACUACACCAAGAGCGUGCAUCUGCAGACCGACCGGUCGAUAGAAUUCCACACACCAAUGGGAUGCCACUACGAGGUCAGAAUCCCGAGGUUCGGCCGAGACUUGGCCUAUUUGCGCCAAAGUACAGAGGUGCUCAUCCCCGCCGUUGGGGUGAGCGCGGAUGGGUCCGGAUACGGAGAGGUAUUCCGGCUGGAUCUAGAGAGGGGCCAGUUCCUCCGCCCGUGGCAGAUUGAUGUGGGCGGAGACGAUCCCGGGAGCGGCUUGCAGGGAAGCAUCCACGUAGGCGCCGUCAACGUGGCGGCGGUAGCAGAGAAGACGCACGGCCUGUGUGCGUUUGGCACGUCCAUCAGCACCGUCGAGUUCUACGAUCCGCGGAGCAAAGGGAGAGUGGCUGUGCUGGGAGGCCACGAUGGCGAGGUUACCGCGUUAAACUACAGCGAUGACGGGCUAUCUCUCGCACUCGGAACGAGCACCGGCCAAAUUCGCAUCUUCGAUUUACGAAACCCCCGUCCCCUGCUCAAGAAGGACCAAGGCAUGGGGCUGCCGAUCAAAAAUUUGAUCUACUUGAAGACUCCUACCGAGGAGCGCAAGCUACUCUCGGCCGACAAGCGCAUCAUCAAGAUCUGGGAUGAGCACACUGGUGACUUGUGGACUUCGGUUGAACCGUUGGUUGACAUCAACCAUGUCACUCACGUCCCAGACUCUGGCAUGAUCUUGACAGCCAACGAAGGCAAACACAUGCAUUGCUUUUUUAUUCCGAACCUGGGCCUCGCCCCCAAGUGGUGCCACUUCCUGGACAACCUGGUCCACGAAAUGGAGAACGAGACUCAAACCGAGACCUACGACAAUUACAAGUUCCUCACAAAGCCCGAGCUCAAGUCGCUCAGCCUGGACCACCUUAUUGGAAAAACCAACCUGCUCCGGCCUUACAUGCACGGCUAUUUUGUUGCUGCUAAGCUGUACGACCAGGCCCGCCUUAUCGCCAACCCGUACAUCUGGGAAGAGGAGCGGGCCAAGCGGGUCAAAGAGAAGAUUGAGAAGGAGCGCGCAAGCCGCAUCAGAGGAGUCAAGAAGGUCAAGGUCAACCAGAAACUGGCGGACAAGAUCCUGCAGCGGCAGGAGAAGAGAGCCAAGGUCGACCUUGAAGCCGGCGUUCUCGGCGAUUCCCGUUUCGGCAAGCUCUUUGAGGACGAAGAAUUCAAGGUGGACGAGACCAGCUACGAGUUCCGGGCUCUCAAUCCCAGCACCCAAGUGGAGAACACCAGCCCUAGCCAAAACGCUCGCAUUGGAGCGGACGAUUCGAGCGACGAUGAGAGUGGCUCCGAGGCGGAGAGCGAACAUCAGAAACCCAAGGAUGACGUGGUCAUGCAAGUAUCUUCAUCAACAGCCCGCGGCGGCAAGAUCAGGGACACAGCAAUUGGCUCGAGAGCCCAGAAACAAACCCGCGCCGCGAAGGUCCGGACAGGCGACGUCGUUGGAGAGCAACAAAUCAUAUUUGUACCAGAAUCUAAAAAGAAGCGGCAGCCCGCGCCGGCACCGAUCAAGCGCCAGGACAGGCGGAGUGCGAGCACGAACACCUUCCGCCGAUUAUAG